AUGGAAUUUAAGGUAAUUGCACUCGCCGCCCUUGUGGCCGUUGCCCUCGCCAGUCCUGAGAACGUACCGUCCUAUGGCUACGGACCAGCUCCCUCAUCAGCACCUGCCAAGUACGACUUCAAUUACGCCGUCAACGAUCCACCGUCUGGCAACGACUUCGGCCAUCAGGAGGCUCGAGAUGGCCCUAACACUCAGGGUUCCUACUUCGUCCUCCUUCCCGACGGUCGUCUUCAGAGGGUUACCUACACUGUGAACGGUGAUUCUGGCUACUUGGCCGAGGUCACCUACGAGGGUGAGGCCCAGUACCCCUCCACACCACGCCCCUAUACACCCGCCCCUCAUUAUGCGCUUCAUGGAAAUUAUAUAGGGAAACUUAAGACGUUGACAUUUAGACCAAUAUCAACAUCUUACUGCAAAUACUUAGUGACAGCAAAUUCCAAACUUCAAAAGGUUCCCUUGGGCUAUACAAGAUUACACUUAGCUGUUCCUAAUUGA